AUACAAUUACAACGCCAUGGGUAAAACACAAAAGAAGAAUAGUAAAGGUCGUUUAGAUAGGUACUAUUACUUAGCUAAGGAAAAGGGAUACCGUGCGAGAUCUUCGUUCAAGAUCAUUCAAAUCAAUGAAAAAUUUGGUCAUUUCCUUGAAAAAUCCAAAGUCGUAGUUGAUUUAUGUUGUGCCCCAGGUUCGUGGUGUCAAGUCGCUUCGCAGUUAUGUCCUGUGAAUUCCCUUAUUGUGGGUGUUGAUAUUGUUCCUAUCAAGCCUAUGCCCAAUGUGAUUACUUUCCAGUCUGACAUCACUACUGAAGAUUGUAGAAGUAAGCUUAGAGGGUACUUGAAAACUUUUAAAGUGGACACCGUGAUGCAUGAUGGUGCUCCUAAUGUCGGGUUAGGUUGGGUUCAAGAUGCAUUCACCCAAUCUCAAUUAACUUUACAAGCCUUAAGACUAGCCGUGGAACAUUUGGCCCCCAACGGGAACUUUAUCACCAAGAUUUUCAGAUCAAGAGAUUAUAAUAAUUUACUUUGGGUUUUCCAACAAUUAUUCGAAAAAGUGGAGGCUACUAAACCACCAGCCUCCCGUAAUGUAUCUGCAGAAAUUUUCGUGGUGUGUAAGGGAUUCAAGGCUCCAAAGAAGUUGGAUCCUAGAUUACUUGAUCCUAAGGAAGUCUUUGAAGAAAUCGACCGUGUGGAAACUAAUAAUGAAGCGAAGGUGUUUAAUCCAGAAAAGAAAACAAGACACAGAACUGGUUAUGAAGAAGGAGAUUAUACAUUAUAUCACACCAUGCCUAUACUCGAAUUCAUAAAAGACGAAGAUCCUAUAAAUCAGUUGGGUAGACUUAACAAGUUGGAAGUUCCUACUGAUGAUCAUGAAUGGAAGGUAGUGUCUAAAUUGAGAAGUUGUACUCCUGAACUUCUUGAAUGUUUGAAAGAUUUGAAGACCCUUGGUAGAAAAGAAUUCAAAUUGAUCUUGAAAUUCAGGAAACAAGCCAGAGAACUCCUUCAGCUUGAUCUUCCAGAAGAAAAACCAGAAAUCGAAGUUGAAGAACUCACUGAAGAACAAAAGAUUGAUAAAGAAUUACAAGAACUUAUGGAUAAACAAAAGCAAAAGCAAAAACGUCUUAAGAAACAAGCUAACGAGUUGAAACAAAAGGAAAUUGUACGUAAUCAAAUGAAUAUGAUUACUGAUAUGAAUAUCGGUAUUGAAGCUUCAAAUAUCGGUGCUGAAUCCUUAUUUAAUUUGAAGACUGCCGAGAAAACUGGGCAAUUGGACAAAUUAGCCAAGGGUAAAAAGAGAAUGGUAUUUACUGAACAAGAAUUAGCUAAAGAUAAUGAAAUCCAUAUAGAUGAAGAAGCAGAAGAUAUCAACUCGGCCGAUGAAUUGGAAAAUCAAUUGGAAGAUAUGUAUCAAAAUUAUCAAGCCAGAAAAGCUGAGAAGGAUGUUAAUUACAGAGCCAAGAAGUUGAGAGAAAAUGAUGAACCAUGGGACGGAAUAGAUGAUGAACCAGAAGAAGUCGAGCUGGAAAAUGAUUACGAAAUGGAAGAAGAUUCUGAAAGUGAUUCCGAUGACGACGAACAAAUUAACAAGAUUAUCGAAGCUAGAAAAGCCAACGAGUUAUCUAAAAACGCCAAGGCCUUCUUUAGUUCCGACUCUAUCUUCAAGGAACUUGGCGAUGAUGCGUUGUUAGAAGAGAUGACAAAGCCAACUGAAACCAAUGGGUCUACUAAGCCGCAACCACAAAAACCAGUACAACCGGCUGACGAUUCUAGCGACUCGAGUGAUUCAGAAAAUGAUGACUUUGAAGUUGUUCCAAAUGAAGAAUCCGACUAUGAUGAUUCAGAUAGUGAUACUGAAACCAAGACCAAGACUCACCAGAAGAAUCUUGAUCUUGUCACUGUCGAAGCCAUGACUUUGGCUCAUCAAGUUGCUCUUGGCCAAAUGAACAAGAACGACUUGGUCAACGAAGGGUUCCACAGAUAUUCAUUCAGAGAUAAGGAUAACUUGCCUGAUUGGUUCUUGGAUGAUGAAAAUAAGCAUUCUAAACUUAUAAAACCAAUCACCAAGGAAGCAGCAAUGGCCAUUAAGGAAAAGCAAAAACAAUUGAAUGCCAGACCAAUCAAGAAGGUGUUGGAAGCUCAAGGUAGAAAGAAGAUGAGAGCUUUGCGUAGAUUAGAGAAAUUGAAGAAGAAGUCUGAUUUAAUUAAUGAAGACAGUGGUAAAUCCGAACGAGACAAGGCAGAAGAAAUCCAAAAGUUGAUGAAGAAGUUGACUAAGAAACAAAAACAAAAACCAAAGAUUAGUGUUGUUGUUGCCAGGGGUGCCAAUAAGGGAUUAAGUGGUAGACCAAAGGGUGUUAAGGGUAAAUAUAAGAUGGUUGAUGGUGUUAUGAAGAAUGAACAAAGAGCAUUGAGAAGAAUUGCCAAGAAGCAUAAAAAGUAAAGCAUUUAUUUUUUUGGGGGGGGAGAGAGAGAGAGCAAAACCAAUGCACAAUAGUUAUUUCGUAAGUACAUAAUAGAGUAAUACUAGAUUAUUGA